CCGAACGUGGUGGCGGAAGGCGUAUGCGAUUGGGACAGGGAGCCAGGAACCAGAGGGACACACGGGGUGCCAAACGAGUGGGGUAAUUGCAGCGACGUCCGUCAUCGUCACUAAACGCAAAAACGACCACCUGGCCCUAUGCUUCAGACACGAGACGCCCUCGGCCGCCAGGGACUGCCCGCCGACCGCUGCUGCCAUCCGACCACACGCCUUCCCCUCCUCUUGGUUUUACUUAAAGAGACUUGAUGUCACUUAAAGAGACGCAUAACGCCUGCCAGACGACGAAGUGGUGUCUCCCAACAGCUUAGGUUUCGGUGGCGCCUGGUCGGCCGUGACGACGGGUCCGCUUCGCCAGCAAGCGGACGCUGGCAGAUGGCCCUCUACCACUUCCGCCGCUGGUUGAAAGUGCCCUGCCCUGGGCGCUGGCACUGGCACCCCCGUCACCCCUGCCGCUGGCUCUCUUCUCUUAAAGGUGCCUGGGCCCAGGCUCUGGCGUCCUCAACUUCUCCUCCUUUCAUUCCUCGCCCAUGCGGUCCUCCGCGGCUGAGUAUCCCCGUGAUCUCGUUCAUGUCUCCAAAACGCAAAGCUGAAGAUAACCAGCCUGCGCGGAUAAGUCUUGCUGACUUAGUGCACACACUGUACCGUGAAGGCACGCACCGUUACGCCGAGCUCGCAGGCGUCCUCGCGGUCAACCCUGAGAUUGUUUCCUGGGCUCGUUCACUCCUCUCCACACAACCUUACGGCGGUCCCGCUACGCCAUCGGAUACCCCGUCCCCAGCUAGCGGUAAUGUGAAUGAUCGCCUUUUUGGUGCGGGCAGCAAAGCAACCCCCCUCCCCACGGCAGAGCGUGAAGUUCAGAAAUACAGAAAGAUCCUUCCCUACCCUAGUUCUGCUGGUUCUCCCUCGAUCCGCCUUGCCGUAUGUGCCGACCGGCCGGGUCCCAGUGGGACGCCGCAGGAAAACCGAGGCGAAUCCUCUGCACCGCCAGACGAAACAAACGAAGAACCAGAGACCGAGCGUAGGAAAAGGGCCAAAGUGAAAGCAGACUCAGAAUACGUCAAUCUCGGCCAGGAAAACUGUUGGUUUGAGCUUCGAAAAGAGCUCGCUGCCACUAGGAACGACGCAUUAGACAAACUCCAGGCAUUGAAGGUGGACCCGCCAUCUGAGCAAUCCGCCCAAGCCGAAGUCGUAAAUGACAUCAGCGCGUUACAUAGAAAAUUCCGGGGCAAAAAGGCUGGUCACAGGUUUACGGUGUUCAGGAAAAGGUACGAUCGUUGGCUCACUGCCAAAACCUUGCAGAGAUAUUACGAUGCACAGUCAAGCGCGAAGUCCGGCCAGGCACUCCAAGCCGUAGUAGUUGCCAAAGCCGUCCUCGGAGACCAGGUUUCGCGCAUGUCCGACAAGCAAGUCCAGACCAAGUGGAAAGAAGAAUCACGAAAAAACAAGUUUUGGCAUCGGUUGGUGGAAGAGUUUGGGUGUGCCAUUUUGCAGAUUCUGUCGCCUCGGUGGACAGAUGAGAACGCCAGGAACCUCUCGAACAAGGAUGUUGACGCCUUCAUCUCGAGCGUAAAGAACAAGUGGCCGUCGCUGAGAGAAAAUACCAAGGACCUGUCGGACAUGCUUUCACAUUUCGCAGAAACAGGGUCCCUCCCCGACGAGAGACUCUGCCUCGAACUAGUGAGCGACGGGCAAAUUUUCAGCAAGAGCUCAGCGCAGCUGCUCAGUUACUCGACCCAGUCAGGCAGGGCUUCAGUGGUCGUUGCACAGCAAUUUGACCCACCGCCGUCCGCACCAGCGCCGGCACCAGCGGCUGACAGGCCAACUACGAGCGACGCCAAUGCGUCUGAGAUGGCUACCAUGGAGGAUCCUAUGAUGCCCACGAUGGCCAGUGAAGAGUUUGGUGCUGCGCAUGCGACGGCAGAUGCGGCAGAUAUGGCAGAGGUCUUCCAGCGUCUAUCUCCGCUACUGAUCUGCUCUUCGGAAAACGGCGAUGGUUACAAUACAGGGCCCCAGACGAGCCAAGACAUGUUAUCCUUGUUUAAUUUGUCGCCGAGCAGCGAACACUGGAACGCAGUCUGGCAACCAAACCCAUAGAUCGAUAGUAUUAGAUUUGUAGACUCAUAAGAACGCAUCGUCACUUUUCUGGCU